ACGAAGUGUAAACCACUGCAGAGGAGACUGCUGUGUUUAAAAAAAUGGUGCAGCUGUGUUAUAAACUAAUACAAGAGGUUUUGUAAGACGCUAAAACCAAAAUGACAGACAUAUUAUGCCGCUGGCUCAAUGAUGAGCUACAUCUUUCAGUCAAAAUAAACCAGGAAUCUUUUGCACAAGAGUUUUCCUCAGGUUACCUUAUAGGUGAGGUAUUACAUAAAUAUCAACUUCAAAAUGACUUCGACCAAUUUUCCCAAAGCAAGACUGCUGAUUCGAAGCUCAAUAACUUCACACGCUUGGAGCCUGUUUUUCUUUUGCUUGGAAUUCCUUUUGACAUAACACUAGCAAGAAAUAUUAUGACUGAGAAACAUGGGGCAGCUACACAGCUCUUAUAUCAAAUGUAUAUCUCACUCAAUAACAAAAAGAAAGCCAACUUAACUGGUGUAGCUAUGGAAACAAUGCUGCCAGCAGCCCCUGCUAAGCUUGGUGUAAUUGAGAGUAACAUGUACAAAGAGAAGAAGAAAGACGAUGAGCGUCUAAAACAAGCAACUCCUCGUCAGACCGACCUUGAUCUCCAAGCUUUAGUGCUCCGCUUUCAUGAAAACCAAAUUAAACUUGAACAAAGCGCAUUCAGGGAGAAGUUUGAGGAGGCUGAGAGACUGUAUAAAAAACAUCAGGAAGAAAGAGAAGCUCUUCUUGCAAGGAACCGUGCCUUGAAAGAAAAACAAAGUGAAAUGGUAGCUAAGAUAAAUGCAGCAACAAUUUAUAUUCCAAAGCCCCCACCUAAACACACCAUGAAAUCCAGUGGCAGCCACAGUGAUGUAAAAAAAAGAGAGGCAGAAGAAAGCAUCAAAUCUAUUAAUGCUUUUGAAGAAAAGAUGAGAAACCUGCCCAAGGAUGAGAAAGCGAAUGACUCAGAGAAGAAAAAUACAUUAAACUGGGAUGUCACUAAUUCAGUUAAACAAACUCGGUCAGCCACAGCUCCUAAAGAUGAUUACAUUGGGAAAAUACGAAAACGCUUGCAUGAGGAUUCUACUGCUAGGGAAGAAAGAGAGAAAAGACGGAGGAAAGUUUUGAGAGAUCAGAUGAUCGCUCAUGAAACACAGGAAGAAGCCAGAAGAGAAGAGAUGAUGGUUAAUAGACUGAUGCGACAAUCGCAACAGGAGCGAAGAAUAGCAGUCCAGCUACUGCAAGCUAGGCAUGAAAAAGAGAUUAUUCGCCAAAAUAGACUUUUAAUGGAGAAACAGUACCAGGAGAGAAGACAAAAAGAUUUUGAGGAAGCUUUAGACAGAGAAGCACAAAUGGCGGAACUGCACAGGUUAGAAUAUGCUGAGCAAAUCAAAGCUGAUCAACAAGUACACAACAUGAUAGCAGCCCAACGAGCUGAGGAAAGGUACACGCGUCACUACAAUGUUUGUGAAGAGAUCGUCAGUGAUAUUGUGGACUUUGCUUACAAAGUAGCCGACUAUAGGGAGCUGACAAGCAAACUUCUGCCUCCUAAACUCAUGCGAGAUUGGAAGCUACUGUUUACAAGUGGGAAGCCUCUCUUUGAUAAAGAGAGCUCAAAGACAGAUCAGAUAACACCAGAGCAGCUCCUAGAGGAAGAGAGGCAGCGUCUGCUUGAUGAAGGGGAUUUCAUGGAAUAUAAAUAUAUGACAGGAGAAUGGGAGCCCCCAGCAGUGAGUGACAUCAAGGGACCACCAGAGGAGAACCCAGUGGUGGGACACAUUGUACACAGACUGUUUGCCAUGGUUCAUCCCCCAACUCCCCCAUUAGUGCCACCAGAGUUUCCACCUUUCCCUAUACGCGCCUGUGUGUUGGGAAAAGUUUUCAGUGGUAAAUCCACAGUUAUCAAACGCCUUGCUGAGGAGCAUCGCCUGCAGGUUAUAGUGCCAGAGCAACUCAUCCAAGAAGCUCUGGAAGCUUACAAGGCAGGGGAAGUUGAGACUGUGGAUAAGACUACCCAGAUAAAUUUUGAAACCACGCUGUCCCACUCAGGGGAAGAGAUUGACCAAGGAGUAUCUACUCUCAAUGCUGCAGACUUAGCAGAUGCUUUAGAACAGCACUUACAAACAACAGAGAACAGCAGUAUCCCUACAGCUUCUCAUGACACCCCAAAAUCAGUUGACAAUAUGAAAAAUUCCCCUCAUGUGUUGAUUCACAAGGAAGUUGUUCAGAUAGGACCAGAGCCAACAGCAAGAGCAAAACUUGGAGAAAAAGCCAUGAAGUUUUUGAAAAAAGGCAAACCAGUGGAAGACCAAGUAGUUAUUGAUAUAGUUAUAGAAGCUAUAAGAAAAAUCCCAGCAGGAACAGGCUGGGUGCUAGAUGGCUACCCACAUACUUACGCUCAGGCUAAACUCUUGGAGAAAGCCCUCAGUGGCAUUGACACGGCUAAAACUGACUCCAAGACCAGGAUCAGCAAAUCCAGUCUGGUCAAUGACCCUCGACCUGCUCCCCCUCCACCGGAUCCACCAAGUGGAAUAGAUGUUGUGGUGCUGUUUGACAUACGAGAUGAGCUGUGUCUGAAACGAGCAGCAGGCAGAACUGAGCAAGUCCAAGCUGGCAAGUCUUACCAUGAAGAAUUUGAACCUCCCCCAGAGGGAAGCGCCACAGGUGUUGGGAAAGUGGAAAAAGUUCAACCUGUGGUUGAUCCAUCAUUUGAUCAGGAACAAAUCCAGACAAGGAUCACUGGAUUUGUUGACCAUUGGCCGAAGCUAGAGAAGUGGUUUGUGAAGUUUGGAACUUUGAAAACAGUUGAUGCAAGCUUGGAGAAGGAAUCUCUCUAUCUGGAAACUGAAAAGAUCUUUGAAGAUAUUAUUUGCAGGAUUGAAAACAGAGGCAAAGAACCAGAAGUUGAAAAAAUAUCAGAAGACAAGGCAAUAUCAGAUGCCCCACCCGGGGCUCCACCAAGUGCAGCACUAAAUGCAGCACCAAGCAGUGUACAGCAGCCUCAAGGUGAACCAGCACCAGGUGGACCUGAGCUCCACCCUUCAUCACGCCCCACAUCAAGAUCUGCAUCAAGACCCCUCUCUAAAACAAGCAGCCAUGCAGAUACCCGCGGGACUAGUACUGCAGAAAAGACUGCAGCAGAAUCAAGUUUAAAUGAAGAGAAAAAAACAUCUCUUGAAUCAAAAAAAGAAGAUGAAGUGGAAAAAAAACUAUCUGAGCCAAAGCUCGGUGAUGUAGAGUUUGAUGUAAUCUUAAAACUUGAUAUGCCAGUUCCAGCUAAGAUUGCAGGUUCUGCUAAAAAAGAAAAAGAUAAAAAACCAGGAUCACCAAAAAACAAAAAAGCUGAGGGCAGCAGUAAAGGAAAAGGAAGUAGAGGUGAGACCUCUUGGGGUGCCAGCAAUUCCCCUAAGACAUCCAAGAAGUCCAAGACACCAGAACCAGAGCCAGCACCGGAGAUACCUGAGGGACCACCCCCUAUCAAACCUGGGGAUGAACAGUGGAAUUUUGUUGACUUGCCCAUCGAUUUUGAAUUAGCUAAAGUCUUAGCCGCUCACUGGGAAGAAUUGGAAAAAGCCUAUGUCAAUAACACUAAAGAAGUUUUCCAUAAGAACAGGCUAGAGAGAGAAAAUAUAUAUCGCUAUUUUUAUCAAAUUAAAAAAAAUUACAUGGAGUAUUUGCAAAGGCCAGAUUGUAAACAAGAGUAUGUGGAACAGUGGCAACAGACCUACAACAGUGUCCCUGAUGACAUGCGCGAUGACGAGGAGACGAAAGCUGAGCUGCACCAACAGGUGGACAACCUGAGGGAGAAACUCUGGAACAUCUGCGAUGACAGGAAGGAGCAGGCGGAGAAAGAAAGGGAGGCAAUCAUAAACGAUGGUUGGUUGGAUGACAGAAUCGGACUUCUGUCCAACAAUUACCUGACUUUGAUGCAGGCAGAAGUAGACAGACUACAAGACACAGUCCGUCUGCUGAAGGAUUAUUACACUGGUAUGGAUGGGCAGGUGCCUGACGUGCUCAACCCUGACUAUCACAGAGUUCCAUUGUUACAGCUUUCAUUUGAAGCAACUGCUAGUUCAGAGUCUUUGAUAGCAGAACCAGUUGAGCAGUUAGAGGCAGCAGAAGAGACUUCCAAUAGGUCAUCUUUUAGAGCCAAGUCCCCAAAAGAUAAAGACGAAGGUCCCCCAAGAUCCCCCAAAUCCCCUAAGGGGUCAAGGUCGUCUAGGACAUUGUCAGGCAAAAAGAAACCUGGAGAUAAGGAAACCCUCCUGCCAGAGCUGCCUAAGUCUUCAGAUGGAAUAGGCAGGAAAAUAAUCAUCCCCUUGGUAUCUCGUCGCAUGACAAACCCAGAUGUUGACCCUAAAGUGUCAUCCACACCCAUUAAAGAUAAGAAAGACAAGAAAGGACCCAAGAAAUCAACAGAGGAUGUUUUUGUUGGCAUAGAUGAGACCGCUGUACCCGCAGACGGUGAUGAGAAGAUGAUCUUUAAUGGCUACAUGUAUGCUUUACAGGGAAUCAUCAAUUUGGUUGCUACUGAGAUUCAGAUAGUUGAGGAGGAAGCUGAGAAGCAAAGAGAACUAGAAAAAAACAAAGAGAAGGAGAAGGCUUCCAAAAAUGUGAAAGUAGGAAAAAAAGGCGGCAAAGACAGAACACCGUCACCAAAGAAAGGAAAAAAAGAACCAGAAGUGGCUGCAACUCCCCCUCCAGGCCCUACUAUGAGUGAAGAGGAAUUAGAGAAAAAGUUAAUCAAGGAUCGUGAAAGAGAAGAAUAUAUAUUUGCUCUGAAGGCUGAGGAACAAGCAGCAAAAUCAAGGCUAGAAUUGAUUAAGGUACUUGCUUGUGGAAUAAUACGAGACUUGAAAUGUAAAGCUGACGAUGUAUUUAAAGACAUGAAUGAUUGGCUAGGUGCAAGAUUCUUGAAAGAAAUGGAAAGUAUUGAUCAAAUGUCAGAAGUUAUGCGCAAUGUCAUUGAGAACAAGGAGAAAAUUAAAUAUGAGAUUGUGAUUAACCAGGACCACUUUAUGCUGGAUGAGGAACUGAAAGUGUUGAAAACUCCCAGUCCUCCGCCAGUUGAGCCACAUGAAGAAAGGCCAAUGCCUGACCUGUUCACAAUACAGCAGCUCACCACACUGUAUGAACAUUUUCAGACCAUCGCACCAAGUGGCACCAUCUCCACCAAAGCCUUCACUGAAAUGUUUGAGAUGCUGGUCUCAGUGGCUCACGGGACGGAAUCUUUGCCAGACUCUUGGAUGCAUCUGACGUCAUCUCAGAUAACUGACUUGGCCCAAGCGCUAUCAUCUGACACUGACUAUGUUGACUGGCGCCGUUUACUGGUGACAUUGUGUUACCCUAUACCCAUACCCAGCCAGCAAGAACUCCUCGAUUGUCUGAAAACAUUUAAAGCCAUGGACCAGAAGUCAACUGGCAAAGUUACACGAGAACAAUGGCAUAGGAUGCAACUUUGGUUCAAAAAACCGGACUUUGUGGAGUCUUUUGAUAGGGUGACGGAACUUCACAAUCUUUUGUUUGAAAUGUUUGCUGACCACACUGGCUCUCUGUCAUUGCUGGACUACAUGAGCUUUUUGAUGUACUUCUCUGCAUGUCCAAAUUACCAUGAAGGAUUUUUGCAUGCUCUAAGUUUGGCUUGUGGACACCACAUGCCCAGAUUGGGCAAGCCACUGGUAAUGCCUUCAGAGAGAGCUCCCAGUGCCAUGGAAAGCAUCCAUGAUGGUGGAGAUUAUAAGGAUGAUGACAAGUGUCACCUGGACACAGAGCCACUGAUGUCCAGUGAGCCAAUACCACAGAGUGCUGUAGAUGCCUUAGUCCCUGUGGAGGCCUUGUAUCAGGUACUACACCACGGAGAGAUCACUCGAGGUGACAGCUACAGAUUCACUUCAUCGGCUGAUCCAGAGGACCACACCUCUCUUGAAAAACUGAGUGCUGUCUACCAGGAACUGAAUGAUGAUGAUAGCACUUCUCCCAUUCCCUAUAGGAUUCUCAUUGAACAUCCACUCAUUCAAGAUGUUAUCAUGGCAUGCAACAGAUUCAAAGCUCUGGAUAUUAGAACAAUGGUGCCAGGAGCUUCUGUGGACACAGAUAAUUCUAGUAUGAAAACCAUUGAUUGACACUAGCAAGUUAACUGUGUGUAAUUAUAGUCUUACCUGAAUGAUGGCACCAUUUCCUAACAUUGAAAUCACAAAUUGUAUACUGAUAAUAUACCUUAUUAUAACAUUCUUUAAUUCAUUGACUUGAAUCCAGAUGUCUGGUGUUUAUACAACUUUAUCAGAGUGAAAUAUAAAUGAAAUAAAUAUUUGUU